AUGGCGAACAGGGGGCCCAGCUAUGGACUCAGCCGAGAGGUGCAGGAGAAGAUUGAGCAGAAGUACGACACAGACCUGGAGCAGCGGUUGGUGGACUGGAUGGUUGCACAGUGUGGAGCCAACCUGGAGAAGCCGCAGACGGGCAGGGAGAACUUCCAGAAGUGGCUGUUGGAUGGAACAAUCCUCUGCAGGCUUAUCAACAGCCUUUAUCCGAGGGGGAAGGAGCCCAUCAAGAAGAUACCAGAGACGCAGAUGGCCUUCAAGCAAAUGGAGAAGAUCUCUCAGUUUCUGCAGGCAGCUGAAGCUUACGGAGUCACAACAACGGACAUAUUUCAAACUGUGGACCUCUGGGAAGGAAAGGACAUGGCAGCGGUGCAAAGAACUCUAAUGGCUCUCGGGAGUGUGGCGGUAACUAAGGACGACGGUCAUUACAGAGGUGACCGAGACUGGUUCCACAGGAAAGCCCAGGGGUAUCGGCGAGAGUUCAGCCAGGAGCAGCUCCGCCAGGGUCAGAGUUUGAUCGGACUGCAGAUGGGCAGCAACCGCGGGGCGUCCCAGGCUGGUAUGACGGGCUACGGUAUGCACCGUCAGAUCAUGUAGACCACUCACUCACUAACUAACCUGCCCCCAGCUUCCAGACCUUAUUUUCUACUAAUACCACAAAACCUCCAUAUCCUUUCGAGCACCUGCCAUGUUAACCUCAAUUUUCCUGGAAUUGCUGCUUUCCCGACCAGUGUUUUAUCUUAAGAAAUGAUGUCAAAUGCUGUAGCUCUUCCUGUUCCUCUCUUCCCUUUCGCCAUGCACUGUUCCCUCUAUAGCUUUGUUUACUUUCCAUGUCCAAAUGAUUACUUAAUGUGAAGCUCAAAGUCAUUUAAUAUCAAUUUAGUCUCGCAGAGAAUUUAAGAUUAAAAUCUCUCCACAAAAGAAGCCAUCAGUAUUAUUCACAUUUUAAAUCUGAAAUACUGUAAGCCACUGUUACAACAUGCUGUAUGCUAUUUAUUUGUAUUUAUGUAUACAUUUAUUUAUCAUUGGUCAUUGUUUUAGGAUGAUCUGUUACUGUGUACUUAUUUAGCCUUAAUUGAACUCAAUGACCGACGAUGUCUCUGCUAUCUCGUCUGAAGACUUGUUGCAGAAUCCUCUGUAACCAAAUCAACCUCCUGUUGUGCCUGGUUAUGGACUACAGAGACUGGCUCCUGAUAUAUCGUCCUAUAAAUGAGUUUCAUUCAUUCUGAGUCAUGCCCUUGUUAUUUGUUUGUUAGACCACAUCUUUUGUCCAUGUUGUGUCCGUGCAAGUAAAUGUGCAGCAUCCAACAUGUACAGGUAAAGACAUUGCUUGAAUGUGCACUUUUAUGUAUUGUCAUGUUUAUAUUUUUUAAAUAUAUUUAUAUCUGGAGGCUUGUGAGAAGAAGUAUUGAAAAAAUAAAGUAUGUGAACAUA